AACGGCAGCAUGAGCAGUGAUGAGCCUGACAGCGAUGAUGAUGACGAGUUCGAUGAGGAGGAAGCUGCGGUGGGCGACAAGGAGGCGAGCAAGACUAAGAAGGUUGCCCCUGCCAAGGGUGCCAAGCUCAACGCGCUGCGUGACUCUCUGCGUAAGCGUGCCAAGCGCGAGUCGGAGAAGUCGCUUGUGGCUCGUUCGUCCUCGCUGCGUUUCGGUUUGAACGAGAACCUCAAGAAGAUCGUGCUGCCACACGUGCACGUGCGCAAGCCGUCUGACGUGGACCCGACCAUCCGUCUGUACGAUGUGGAGUCCACCUGUGUGCUGCUGUCGUGCAUGCGCGAGAUGGCCUCGACGGGUAUCUCGUUCACUGGCAAGGUGGCGCUGCUGACGGGUUGCGGUAAGAACUCAAUUGGUGCUGAGAUCGUGAAGGCGCUUCUGGAGGGUGGUGCGACGGUGUUCGUGACCACGAGCAGCUUCAGUAUGAAGACAACCGCCUUGUUUCGUGAGAUCUACGAGCAGCACGGUAGCCGUGGCAGCCGUCUCAUUGUGCUUCCGUUCAACCAAGCCUCGAAGGUGGACGUUCAGAGCCUGGUGGCGCACAUUUACAACGUGCACAAGCUGGACCUGGACUUCGUGAUUCCGUUUGCGGCUCUGUCAGAGGUUGGACGCAUGAUCACGGACAUCGACUCGCGGUCGGAGCUGGCGCACCGCAUCAUGCUGACGAACACGGUGCGUUUACUGGGUGAGGUUGUGACGGCGAAGAAGGCUCGUGACAUCACCACUCGUCCCGCGCUCGUGAUCCUGCCGAUGUCGCCGAACCAUGGCAACUUUGGUGGAGACGGUCUGUACGCCGAGUCGAAGUUGGGUGUGGAGAGCCUCAUGAACAAGUGGUACUCGGAGGGCUGGGACGACCAGCUUUCCAUCGUCGGUGCCAUUAUCGGCUGGACGCGUGGCACGGGUCUCAUGUCCGGCAACAAUGUGGUUGCUGCUGGUGUCGAGAAGAUGGGAAUGCGCACGUUCAGCACGACGGAAAUGGGCUUCAACCUGAGUGCUCUGAUGCACCCGAGCAUCGUUGACCGUGCCGCUGAGUCGCCGAUCUUCGCGGACCUCACUGGUGGCAUGGCACAGGUGAGCGACCUGAAGGACCAAGUGGACUCUAUUCGUGCUGAUAUCAUGAAGAAGUCGAAGCUGCAGGCUUCUAUUCACGCUGCGCUGGAGAGCGACAAGAAGAUGCUGGCUCUGCCUGCGAAGAAGCAGGUGGCUGCUCCCAGCUCGAAGACGUUCGCUCCUCGUGCAAACAUGUCCAGCUACUACUGCAACUCGUUCCCCAAACUGUCAGGUGUGGCUGGUCUGUCUGCCUCGAAGAAGCAGGCACUGUUGCGUGGCAUGCUGGACCUGCGCCAGGUUGUGGUCGUCACGGGUUUCGGUGAAGUGAGUCCGUGGGGUAACUCACGCACGCGUUGGGAGAUGGAGUCGUACGGCGAGUUUUCGCUGGAAGGUUGCAUCGAGCUGGCGUGGCUGACGGGCCGCAUCGUUUUCGACAAGGGCAACUGGGUGGAUGCCAAGACAAAGGAGAUCGUGCCGGACCACCAGGUGAAGCCUCGCUACGAGGAGGACAUCCUGAAACACUCGGGUAUCCGUAUCGUGGAGCCUGAGCUGUUCGACGGCUACGAUCCGAAGAACAAGAUGGUGCUGCACCAGGUUGCCAUUGACAAGAAGAUGUCGCCGAUCGAGGUGGCCGACCGCGAGGAGGCUCUGCAGUUCCGCAAGGAGCUGGGCAAGGAGAACGUGGACAUAUUCCAGAACGCGUCCGGGGCUUGGAUGAUCCGACUGCGCAAGGGUUCUGUCCUGAACAUUCCCCGUGCUCUUAACUUCGACCGCUUCGUGGCUGGUCAGAUCCCGACGGGAUGGAGUGCUGAGCGUCUGGGUCUGUCGAAAGACCUGGCUGAAUCGGUGGACCCGAUCACGCUGUAUGUCCUUGCGUCCACGAUGGAUGCGUUCGUCGCAGCCGGUGUGACGGACCCGUACGAGUUCUACCAGUACGUGCACGUGUCCGAGGUUGGCAACACGUCCGGUGGUGGUAUGGGUGGUAUGCGUGCGUUCACGCAGAUCUACAAGAACCGCAUGCUGGGCAAGCCUGCCCCGAGUGACGCGCUGCAGGAGUGCUUCAUCAACACGCCUCCUGCUUGGGUGAACAUGUUGCUGCUGAGUUCGUCUGGUCCGAUCAAGACUCCUGUUGGCGCCUGCGCCACGGCUGCUGAGUCGGUGGACAUUGGUGCCGAGACGAUCAAGAGUGGCAAGGCUCGCAUUUGCAUUGUUGGUGGCUACGACGACUUCGGUGAGGAGGGUGCCUACGAGUUCGCUCAGAUGAAGGCUACUAGUGACUCGGUCAAGGAAACCGGCAUGGGUCGUGAGCCGAAGGAAAUGUGCCGUCCGUGCUCGACCACACGUGGCGGCUUCAUGGAGAGCCACGGUGCGGGUAUGCAGUUGUUGAUGGACGCUCAGCUGGCUCUGGAAAUGGGUCUGCCGAUCUACGGUAUCGUCGCGCUUACGAACACGGCGACGGACAAGAACGGCCGAUCUGUACCGGCUCCUGGCCAGGGUAUUCUGACGACGGCCCGCGAGGCUUCAUCGGACAACUCGAAGCCAUCGCCGCUGCUGGACGUAGAAUUCCGCCGUCGUCAAUUCGACGAUGAGCUUGAGAGUAUCGAGAAGUGGUAUGCUCGCGAGAAGGCUUUGAUCGACGGAGAUGACUCUCGUGUUGCGUUCUUGGAUGAGAUGAAGGUGCGUAAGGUGCAGUCUGCGCAGUCCAUGUGGGGCGACAGCUUCUUCUACGGUCGAACGGACAUUGCCCCUCUUCGCGGCGCGCUGAGCGUGUGGAAUCUGGACAUCGACGACUUGGGUGCUGCUAGUUUCCACGGCACGGGCACCAAGGCCAACGACAAGAACGAGAGCGAGGUGACGCACAAGCAGAUGGCUCACCUGGGUCGUUCCCCGGGCAACCCGCUGCCGGUGAUCUGCCAGAAGAAUCUGACGGGCCACCCGAAGGGUGCCGCUGCUGCUUGGAUGCUCAACGGUCUGCUGCAGGUGCUUAACUCGGGCUUGAUCCCAGGCAACCGUCAGCUGGACAACACGUGCGAGACUCUGCGCAAGUACGACCACUUGGUGUACCCGAACCGCAGCUUCCAGACCGUGGGGGUCAAGGCCGUGAUGAUGAAGAGUUUCGGCUUCGGCCAGGCCGGUGGCGAAGUGCUGCUGGUGCACCCGGACUACCUCCUAUCUACUCUGCCUGUUGACGAGUUCCAGCACUACUCGGCUCGCCGCGAACAGCGUUUGAUCAAGAUGAACACGCACACGCAGGGCGUGAUUACCGGCAAGCAUCCGCACAUCCAGGUGAAGAACGAAGCGCCGUACUCGUCGGCGCAGGAGAGCAACGUGUACUUGGACCCUACGGCUCGUGCCGAGUACGACGCGACGUCCAAGACGUGGCGUUUUGGCGGCGCGGACUCUCUGACCGCGGAGGAGAACCGCCGUCUGCGUGCUGAGAAGCGCGCGAAGAAGGCGAAGGCUGCUGCGGAAGCGGCGUCAUCGUCGAACAAGAAGACUUCGGACGCGCACCAGGCUGACUCGUCCUCGACACUGUUGACUGCCAUCAACCAAGCGGCGACGAACCUGGGCCUGGCGUCCAAGAACAUGGGCAUGGGCGUGGAUGUGGAGCCGGUGGCCACGUUCGAGAACCUGAACGGCCGCGAGGACUUCAUCCGCCGCAACUUCACGGACCAGGAGAUGGCGUACUGCUACAGCGCGCCUCACCCGGCAGCGAGCUUCGCCGGUCGCUGGGCUGCCAAGGAGGCUGUGAUCAAGGCCAUCUCCAGCUCGGCCCCGACUGAGCCCAACCUGUGGAAGGGUGCUGGUGCUCCGCUGCGUGAGAUCGAAAUCUUCAUGACGGCAUCGGGCGCGCCGUCCGUGCUGCUGUCGGGCUACCCGCUGCAGGUUUUCAACCGCUUGGGCCUGUCGAAGCUGAGCGUGUCCAUCAGCCACUCGGGCGACUUCGCUGUAUCACAAGCUGUGGCUAACUUCCAGCAGGAGUAAGUGCUCGUGACGUCUCUAUAGUUUUGCAUUUUCAUGCUGUACAUUUGCGUAUAAAUAAAUGAAUGAACUUCAGUGAAUACAUUUCCAA